AUGAGUGAGGCAACCUCCGUUUCCGAGGCAGAGGCGACCCUCUUCGGCCGCAAUGUGUAUGUUUUUGACCCGAGUAUGCCGAUGGGCGAGAUCCAGGCCAAGGCAACAUCCAUCUUCAAGCAGAUGGAAGCCAACGAGUUUGGGGGCGAGCGCUACGCACUUCUCUUCAAGCCAGGAACCUACAACGUCACAUUCGACGUAGGCUUCUACACGCAAGUCGCGGGAUUGGGCCAGAACCCAGACGACGUGCUGAUCAGUGGCGGGGUCAAUGUACCGGCCGACUGGAUGCCGAACAAGAACGCGACAUGCAACUUCUGGCGAUCGUUCGAGAACUUCGCCAUCAACGCAUGCGGUCCCAGAGGCGAAACCACGGUCAUAGCUGUGUCGCAGGCUGCGCCUCUUCGCCGGAUGCACAUACGAAGUCCAGGAGGUCUUUGGCUGUUCGAGGUGGAUAUGAGCACUGGAGCUGGAGGCUGGGCUUCGGGCGGCUUCAUGGCCGACUCGGUUGUUGACCACCAAGUGCUACCUGGAUCGCAGCAGCAGUGGCUAUCGCGAAACAACAAGUAUGGAUCAUGGGCCAAUGGCGUCUGGAACAUGGUAUUCGUGGGCGAUGUGAACGCACCGAGCCAGGCGAAUUUUCCGAAAGACGCCUACACCACCGUCGAUCGUACACCCAUCAUCCGCGAGAAACCCUACCUUUACUUCAAUCAAGGCCAGUAUGAAGUAUUUGUACCAGCCCUGCAGAAGGAUACGCAAGGACCCAGCUGGAGCAACGGAUCCCCAACGCCCGGCAAGUCCAUCUCGAUUGACCAGUUCUACAUAGCUCAGGCACCCACAGCGACUGCGGCGAACAUAAACGAUGCAUUGGCCUCUGGCAAGCACGUGCUCUUCACCCCAGGUAUCUACGAGCUGGACAACGCCCUCCGCAUCGCCAAUGCUGACACCAUAAUACUCGGUUUGGGCACGCCCUCACUGAUUCCCACGACUGGACAGCCGGCUCUCUGUGUAGCAGAUGUGGACGGUGUAUCGAUCGCGGGCCUCAUUAUAGACGCAGGCGGAGUCAAGUCACCCUCACUCAUCGAGGUGGGACCCUCAGGCAGUUCGGCAAGUCAUGCCUCCAACCCGACAUUCCUAUUCGAUUUGACUGUUCGUACCGCGGGUCGCAACACCAACGAUGUUGGUAUUAUGAUCAACAGCCACGACGUUGUAGGUGAUCAGCUGUGGCUGUGGCGCGCAGACCACGGCAAUGGCGCUGCGUGGGAUACCAACCGCACCAAGAACGGUGUGGUGAUCAAUGGAGACAACGUCACGAUGUACGGUCUGUUCAACGAGCACCACCAAGAGUACCAGACGCUCUGGAACGGCGAGAGCGGUCGUCUCUACAUGUACCAAUCCGAGAUCCCAUACGACCCUCCGGAUCAGGGCUCGUGGAAGAACGGCGAUACCAACGGAUUCGCCUCGUACAAGGUAGCCGAUACUGUCAAGAGACAUGAAGCCUGGGGCCUCGGUAUCUACUGUUACUUCCGCGAUUCUCCCACGGAGCUCGAGAACGCCAUUGAAGUUCCCAAGAUCGAGGGCGUGAAGUUGCACCAUCUGACGACGGUAUGGUUGACAGGAGUCGCCGGUAGCGAGAUCACUCACAUUGUCAACGGCACUGGUGACCGCGUCCAUGCAAGCCAACCCGAGUCGGCAAUGCGACAGACGAUGAAGGGGUUCUCGGCUUCUCCUGCUUGA